AUGACGUUAGUGAUGAUGAUGAUCACAUUGCCUAGUUCAGCCCCGCUUACAAUCAAUUCAAACGACUACUUGGGACUAUUCUCGCCCGGAAACUCGUACAUGAAAAUAUCGGUUCCGUUCAGUGACGACCCGCUUUCAUCCAUCCGACUAUCGAUCCAAUCCUACGUUACGCCGUUCAUCUUGCCAGCGAGCAGCAACGUCUCGCUUCAGAGUUGGAGUUGGAAGAGGAGCUUCUCGAAUUUCGUCAAAUUCUGCGUUACUAAUACUAGUUGCCCGAGUAUCACAACGAAUUCUUCUCAGUCGCUUCCAAUUUCCUACUCAAAGUACAUCACAGUUCCCGCCACGUGCUGCGGAGGUUCCCAGAAUAUUGGUACAUGUGACCCUACAAACAAAACAAUUACUCUGAUAGAUGAUCAGCAAGAAAUCGUCAAUCAACUUAUUAUAAAAAUUAACCAGUUGAGAAAAAUUUUAAACGAUUAUUUGAUUGGAAGGAUCCCACUUGGAUUCUGUCCUGACAGCAGCUAUGAAGUCGGAUCAUAUGGACUUGGAUAUUGUUACAAGUUCUUCAAAACACCUGCUUAUCUCGCUAAGGCUGCCAUCGACUGCACCACCGACCGAGCUAGAUUGGUCUUUAUAAAAGAUAAAACGGAAGAUAACUUCAUAAAAGAGUUUGUAGCAGGCAAAUACAAUUCGUCCAACGGUUUUGGCACAACGCCAUCUUUCCGACUUUGGAUGUCCACCAUCUACAGCCUACCAGACGGCAAGUGGUUCUGGUUCAACAAUCUUCUACCGCGUGACAACCUCCAACCUUUCGGAGCCUACACGAACUGGAAGGACAAGAACCCGGUGAACGCCACAAGUUCGUUGGAUGUUUGUGCUAGCUACUAUUACGAUGCUGACAAGAGAGGUUACUACUGGGAGAAGACGCUCUGUGCCACGCCGCUGCCCUACGUCUGCAAGAUUAGAAAACUCUGCAACUAGUUGGCGCGUGUUUGGCUGAAAAAACUAUUUCGUGUAAAAAUAAAUAAAUAGGAGAAAUUGUUUAAUUCGUCAAAACGAUGUACAAAUCCACAUCUGGAUAAGCAUUUUAUCUUUUAACGAAACAUAAUAGCUUCAAAUCGAUUCGUGACAUUGAGAAUUAAUUAAUUAUUCAGCGACACAGCAACUGAAGCUAAAUUAAUAUUAUUGGUUGGUGUGUGAAUGUAUAGAACAAGCCCAUUAUCUGAAAUUCAAAACUUCCCCACUGAGGCUGAAUGAAUUUUAAAGAGACAGUGGAGCAAAAUAUUUUUGCCGAUGCCAGAAUGAGCUAAAUUUAUCUCUAGACAUAUUUUUUCGGUGUUUCAUACAUUUCUUUAUUGUUGAACGAGUUUUUAAUUCUCAAACUUUCAAUCGAUUCUUCAUUUGUACGUUGAAGUGAGUGAUAUGUUCAAAAAGUGUUAUGUAUGAUUGUGCAAUCUUGAAUCUCAUUUAUUUAUUUGUAAAAAUAUGAUGUAACAUUCACACACACACACACACACACACACACACACACACACACAAUAUAUAUAUAUAUACACACAUAUUAACAUACAUAACGAAAGGCGGGUCCUUAUUGUAUAGAUUGGUUCAGAAAAAACAUUUUUGACACUUUU